AUGCUGCGCGCUAAUUCGUCAGAUUAUGAACAAGCUGCCUCCGGAAACCUACAGGCAAAAUGCUCUUUCUGGGGUGGUGUAGUGGAUUCAAACAGUGGUAGCAUCAUCAGUAACGCUAUCGGUGCUUGCAACACAUAUACUAAUUCCAAGGUCGUUCCUCCUUCCGGCUUCGAUACUCCAAAAUGGUACGGCGGUUCUGCUUUUGACCGAUCUUCCGGUUCAGCUGGUGCAGCUUCGUUUAUCGGCUCAAAGGUGUUCCCAGGUGGCUCUUACGAUACAACAAGGUGUGCGGACGAGAUGACAGCACGAAAUGGUUCAUUCUACAAUACAUACCUCGUUCACGACAACAAGGCUGGUCAACAGCAGUACUGCGAUGUAUACUCGGAUGAGCUACCACCAUCUGCCGCAACAUAUACAGGCAGCACAGGUAACAAGGGCAACGCUACAAUUUCGAACAGUUUCGCAUGUGGAAAAUCCAAGGUUGACGGUUCAAAGGCUGGCAGCUGGUAUGACUGGUCGUCCAAGCCAAGCAACUCGUCUAGUACCUCGUCUAGCUCCACAUCGUCGCGAACCAUUCCAGGAACCUCCAGCAGUGCCUCUGCAAUCACUACUACGUCGGCUACUCAGUCUACCACUGCACGCAGCUCGUUCACCGGCCGACCACAUAGCCAAAGCACAGAUUCGAGCUCGUCAGCCGAUGCUACCUCGAGCACGUUCACCUAUACUCGAACAUCCACAACGACCGAGUCCGGGGACGUGACAACGAGCUCUUCUGGAGAGCCAACGACCACUGUGCCAGGAGUGGUUACCACUACCAGCUCCCACGGCUUCUUCUUUGGCAACACAACUAGCUCGACUAUAGACGCAACCACCACCACCACAUCUGCCUCAGCAGACGUCGCUCAGCCUGCUACGACUACGACUACCUCAGCCCACAUUGUUCCACCUGUUGGAAGCAGUUCUACAACGGCCUCGGCAAGCACGACCUCGUCCGUUUUGGAUGCACCAGGCUCUACUACGACGACUACCGCUGCUAGCACUGUUGCCACUUCAUCGGGAUUCGGCCAACCUGCGGUCGAUGGUACUACCACUGCGGGUGCAAGCAGCACGACUCCAGCAGUUCUGAAUGAACCAACCUCUACGACAGCUGCUGCCACUUCAUCAGGUAUUGCACAGCCAGUUGCAGGUGGCACGACCACUACAGGUUCAGACAGCACGACCACUACAGAGAUUGGCCAGCCGAUUGUAGGCACUUCAACUACAACUUCAGCUGGUACAACUUCAGAUGCACCGGCAGGCACAACCACAGGCGCUCCAGCAGUUAGCAGCUCCACUACAACCACUACUUCGUCAGAUGUCGCUCAACCACCCACCAGCAGCUUGACUACAACUUCAGUGGGCACAACUCCGCUUUCUCCACUCGUCGAUGGCUCAGUCACGACAACGACCACGCUAUCAGGUGGUGCUCAGCCACUUGCCAGCACCUCGGCCACAACUUUAGACAGCACGACCUCAGCCGUUCCGGUAGUCGGUACCUCCACUCUAACUACCACUACUUCGCUGGAUAAUGUCCAACCGACUACCACUGUAAGCACGACCACAACGUUGGACGUUGCUCAGCCGAUCGUAGGAAGUUCAACCACAAUUUCUACCAGCACAGCUCUAUCCAGCACGACUACUGUCGUUCCAGCUGCCAGCAGCUCCACAACGAGUGCCGUGACAACCACCACUACAUCUCUGGCAGUUGCUCAACCAACCACGAGUAUCUCUACCACAGCUUCGGUCAGUACGACCCCGAGCCUCAGCAGCUCGACUACUGGUGUAACCAGCUCCACAGGGGCAGGUACAAGCUCUACCAGUACCCCUGCAACUUCGACAACCGUCCAUGGCCCAUCCGUGUCAUCUACUAGCACCCCAGUCGUCGGCGUGUCGACCUCGUCGACGACGGCAGUUGUACCUGCUGCUGGCACAUCUACAAGCUCGAGCACCAUGUCUGGCACAACGACACCUGCCGGAACUUCUCCUGUCGUCAACGGACCAUCUCCAGUCACCACAACGACGUCUAGAUCUGUCUUUCCACCAGUCUUUGAUGGCACUUCUUCUAGCUUCUCUUUUACUGGCACGACUUCUGUUGUAACUACCUCCGCCAGUACGUCCUCGCUUGGUGCUGUUACUACAACUGCAGCCGUCACUACUACGACCACUCUGGCCGUAAAUGACCCAAUCGUCAGCAGCUCAACCACAACUGAUGCAGGAGUAAUCGCAACUAGCUCGUCCACUUCUGAUCUGAUUACUUCUAGCUCGAGCACAACAGAUGCAGCGCUUGGUACCACUUCCUCAUCCACUGUCGACACGACAACUCUAGAAGCCCAGACGACUACCACGACUUCGAUUGUUGGGGCUUCAACGACCACAACAACCGAGAGUGUAGAUGCUCUGCCUACCAGCACAACUACAACAGUGGCUGCAGGAACUCCACUGGCAUCCAGCACUACAUCAGACCUCCCUGAAGCUGUCGUCACGAGCUCUUCGACCACAGAGAACGUGGGUACAUCUACUAGCACGAUGACCACUACCGUCGACAUUAUACCAGUGACAACCACUACCUCAGAGGCUGUUGAUGCUGUUACGACUUCUACUACCACAACUUCUCUCUCGGCUGAUAUGACUACAUCCUCUAAUAUCCAAAUCACAACUAUAUCUUCUACCUUUACUCUGCCAUCUACCACUUCUCCGCAUGCUGGUAUAACCACAAGUGUUAUGGGUCCUGGUCCAGUACAAACACGAAUCAUCGUCAGCUUCCAUGGGUCAAACAUGAAGCGCUCGACAGAUUCUUUGUACAUGGCUGUUAACGGCGGUGUGAUCACUUAUGUUGACGAAGAAGAUGACGCUACCGAAUUCUCCAUCACUGCAAACGGGUUCCUCGAAUGCGAUGAUGGUUAUGUGGGUGUUCCGGCAGAUGGCUUAGAUUACUCGGCUUUCGAGAUAUUCUCCGAAGCCGCAUGCGCGACAGCUAUCUGUACUGAAUGGUCAACUUCUGGUACAGGCUUGGGCUUUUCUAACCAGGACUUCGGUCUAAGCACUGCAAGCUUCUACGUCAAAGAAGGUGCUGUCGUUGCCGCCAAAGAGUCUGCUCCAAGUGCCGUGGAUGGGUUCCAGGCUGUUACUGUCGAAGCUAGGUCAGCCUCGGGCACUGUAGCCACUACCACUACCACAACUACGAGCUCAAUUGACACAUCUUCUACCACUACCUCUAUCCUGACUACUACUGUCGCCACCACGGAAUCUACCACGACGGCUGUGACUACUGAUGCUCCGACAUCCACGACCACAACACUGGAUAUCGUAGAUCCUGCAACAACCACGACUACGACCACAACCACUACAUCAGAUAUUGUCGAGGCUUCAACGACUACGACCUCAUCGGACAUUGUAGAGGUCACGACAACGACUACCACAUCGGACAUCGCUGAGGCCUCAACAACCACUACCACCACGUCAGAUAUUGUGGAGGUUGCGACAACCUCAACGACUGAUAUGAGCUCCAGCACGACAGUAGCAAGCACUACCAGCAUCACCACCACGAGUGUCGAUAGCGUCCCCACUUCGUCGAGCACUUCAGAGUCAACCACCAGUACCGAUGGUCUGACAACCACUUUCCUCGACGAUACUGCCACUUCUAGCACGACAGUAGCGGCUGAACCGACUCUGACGCCUUCAGAUAUUCCCUCAUCGAAUGGCACGUUCGGAGGCAACAGCACACAUGGUGGUAACUUUACAGCACCGGACUACAACUCUACUGCACCAGGGUAUAACUUCACUGCACCAGCGUACAAUUUCACUUCGCCAUAUGCUAACUCCACUGAACCUGGCUUCAACUUCACUGGUCCAGCAUUCAACUCUAGUGCGCCUGGAUUCAACUUUACCAACAUUCCUUCCAAUGUCACCAACGACAAUGGCACUCUAUGGCAAUCAUGGAACGUUACCGACAACAUGACUCAGGCUUUCGGAGCAGCGUCUGUCAUCAACGCUAUGGGCUUCACUGAUUUCUGCUCAACUCUGCUCGGCUACACUACGACUGUCACAACCGAGUUCGUCCCUGUUACAGUGACCGAGACUGACACAGCGACUGUUACUGAAGGGACUUUGACUUCUGGUACGACCGAGACCUGGACCACCGUUCCGACUACUAUCACCAUCACUUCUGCUGAUCCAAAUUGGCAGCGACUGGCUAAACGAACAACUGAAGCCGUGCCAAUCUCGACACCAGCAGCUCUGGCCAACUACAGUGAUGCUGCCGUUUCUCAGGCCUGCAGCUGGAAGGCAACUCCUGUCAAUGUUACAUCUAUCGUUUCCAGCACAGUCACCGCCACGGCGACUGUUGUUGUCUACACUACGGUGCCUGAGGCAACAGUACCUGCUACCACACUGGUCAACACUGCUACGAGCACAUUCACUAUCAACAGCUGUGAGCCAACAGCACCAGCUCAGCUACUCAAGAAUCCUUCGGUUGAAUGUGGCAGCUCUGGCUGGGAUGUCGGUGGCAAUGGUGCAAUGUUGUACUGGGGACCUAGUGGCGUUGCUGGCCCUGAACUCGAUACUGAAGCUUUAUCAUACAUCAAUACCCUCAACACGUCUACUGAAGUCGCAGGUGGCGCGCCAUUCGAUGGCACUGAUCCUUCUUCUGCCUCAGCUGGUUCAGCUGGUUCAGAUUCUGCAGCGGCUGGUUCUGGUUCCGGUUCCUCCUUCGGCGCGACUAGCCCACAGAAGAGACAAGAUGGUGACAAUCACCCAGAUCUCAGCCUGUACACGCCUAAUGAGCCAGCUUACGAUGGUAGCACCUAUGUGAGACUGUCACCCGCCUGGAAUGAUGGCAGUGACAGCUCUGCUGGUCUUGGUCAAAUCAUUGACAACCUUGCAACUGGUUCUUACUGGAUGGCAUACAAGUACCGUGUUCCAACCUAUGCUCUGAACAAUGAUGCCUGCCAACUAAAUGUCCUCAUUAACAACAUUCCUGUCAUGGGUCCAGCCAUUCCAAGUCUUGUAGACCCUACAGAUGGAUGGGCACGAGCAGGUGGCUUCUUCUACGUUCCAGAUGAGCUUUCCGGUCCUGCCUAUCUGUACUUUGACUUCUACUGCCCACCAGUUGAUAUGAAAAAGAGACAGGAGAGCGGAGACCAGGACGGAAGUGUUGGCACAACUGACACGUCGUACCCUGAAGGUUUCGAUCCAUCUACUUAUGUCCAGCCUGAUGCCAGCAUCCCUCUCCUCGAUCUUGACUAUAUCCGUAUGGGUAUUGACGAUGGCGGCUGGGACGAAUACCGCUCAGGUUCUCCAUCCGACACUGAUCAGGACGCCGCUACUGUGGCAGCUGAUGUAGCCAACAGCCCAGUUGUUCUUGCUCAGACCACCAGCGCAGAUAGCGCGGGUGGUGCGGGUGGUGCGGGUGGUGCAAGUGGUGCCACCGGAGCAGGUGGAUCGGGCGAUCCAUCCCACGCUCAGUCCCAAUAG